AUGAUUUUAGAACUAGUAUCUUACAUUGGUACUGCAUUUGGGUUUUUAUUUCUAACACUUUCAAUUGCCUCUGGGUUAUAUUAUAUCAGUGAAAUUGUAGAAGAACAUUCAGAGCCCACUAAAAGAAUUCUUACAAGAGCCAUCUAUGGGAUUAUUAUUCUUCUUGUUAUGCUGGUCGUGUUCGAUCAAUUCCCCAUCAAACUAUCAUUAUUUGCUAUUGUAUCUCACAUAAUAUAUUUACAAAAUCUCAAGACAUUCCCCAUCAUCUCAUUAACAGGCCCUACUUUCAUCAUCAGUUGUAUCACUGUGAUCAUCAACCAUUAUUUCUGGUUCCAAUAUUUCAAUAACAUUGAAAUACCUCCUCAAUUCAGAUACGACCCUAAUUAUAUCCCAAGAAAACGUGCUAGCUUUACUGAAGUGGCCACAUUUUUCGGCCUUUGCGUUUGGUUUAUACCAUUCGCAUUAUUUGUAUCUUUAUCUGCAGGUGAUUAUCUCCUACCAACAACCGCUGAUAAUAAGAAGACUGAUGAAACAAGAGACACUAUGGAUGAAACUAGAUUCAAGAGGAAAACCGUCGGACUUGCUAGAGUUGUCAUUAACUCAGUACGUAGAAACAUCUUCCAAAUCGCCCAAAUGUUUGGCUACCAGGGUAACGACCCUAGUUUCGAGGGACUAGGAAUAUAA